AUGUAUAAGCUUGCGAUCCUUUUGGUCACUGUGGCUGCGGCCAAGGCUGGGUUCCUACACGGCAACGACCACGGCGGUGCUCUGGUAGAGGAAUCCUUCGCUGCGCCAGCCUUCACGCCGGCUGCCUUGCCGCUAUCGGCAGUUCCCGCACCAGUCUACGGUCCACCGUUGAGAGCUGCGGCUCCGAUUUCAUUUGGGGCACCGAUUGCAUUCCCCGCACCGUCUUACGCUGCUCCCAUUGUCAAGGCUCCAUCUUACGCUUCUCCAAUCGCAUUGCCUGCGCCAACUUACGGAGCAUCAGCGCCGAUUUUCAGACCUUCUCUGGCUGCCGCUGUUCCGGCUCCAAUUUAUGGUGCACCUGCUGCAUUGCCUAUUAAUACAGGCUUGAAUAGCUGGUAG